CAGUGGGAGGGAGCGGCCGCCGCCAUGAGCCAAAACAGCCCGCCGCUGCCGCCGGAUCCCCGCGAGGACGGGUACGACUACCGGCUCGACGUGUCCAUCGGAGAUAAGAAGGAUGACCACUUCUGGGGCGAUGAGAUCGUCAAACCGCGCCGGAAACUAUCUUUCGAGCGCGAGAUCCGGGUGCAGGAGUUCAAGAAAGAGCGCAGCUCGAGCGAAGUACGCAAGCUGGUGCGCUCGCCCGAUACGAAGGCGCGCGCCGCCGAACCAUCGCUCGACACCAGUGGUUCGAUAUCACAGAAGAGUCGGAGAAGCCGCCACAGAAAGAGGAAGAAGCGAAAGUCCAGAAGGAAGAAGAAAAAGAAGAAGAAGAAGAAGCGCAGCAGAGAUGACGACAGCACAACGGCGACAACCGGGGAGACGACAGAGUCCAGAGAGGGUCAGUCCUUCGGCGCUUCGCUGUCACAAUUACUGCCCUCAGGCGUAGCCAACUUCUUCACAGCGGAUCCGGCAGCGAGCCCGCCUAUGAACGAGAGAGCCAUGGAUGCAGCUGCGAUCGGCGAACCUGCGGGUGUUAUGCAGCCGACAGAUGUGACCGCCGCAGAGGCGUUGCCACCAAAGAGGAAGCGGAAAAAGCGCCGCCGGUCCACACGCGAAGUGGACGCGGCCGCUUUCUGGACGCCGGCCAGCGGCGGUGAAGCGAUGGCGACGGGCUCUCCCAACUUGUCCGCCCAGCAGUGGGUACCUGACACAACAGACCGGCAAGGAGACCACAGACGGCAGCGGUACCCUGCACAAGCAGCGUACGACCAACAAGCACAUGACACUGCUGCCUACACAGCCGCUCUGCAGCAGUACCAGCACACGCAGAACCUGCAACGGUUGGAAGCCGAACAUUUGAAUCGCCUUUACCAACAAGUGCAGCAAGUUCGCAGUCAAAUGGAUGCGGCUAGACAGCAAGCUCAAGGUACUCACUCUACGCCUGCACAAUUCAACGCUGGUGACUUAGGGAAAAGACGGGAUGCUUGCGAGAGGUGUCACGAUAUGGAGAAAGCGUACGAAAUGGAGCAAGCUGCGCAGCUACGAAAGAUUGAAGAAGCUGCUGAUGACCAGAAAGCGCAAGAAGCUCGCGAAAGGUGUCGUGAGAUGGAGAAAGCGUACGAAAUGGAGCAAGCAGCGCCGCUAAGAAAGAUGAAAGAAGUUGAUAACCAGAAAGCACGAGAGGCUCGCGAGAGGUGUCACGAACUAGAAAAAGCGUACGAAAUGGAGCAAGCUGCACAGCUACGAAAGAUUGAAGAAGCUGCUGAUGACCAGAAAGCGCAAGAGGCUCGCGAAAGGUGUCGUGAGAUGGAGAAAGCGUACGAAAUGGAGCAAGCAGCGCCGCUAAGAAAGAUGAAAGAAGUUGAUAAUCAGAAAGCACGAGAGGCUCGCGAGAGGUGUCACGAACUGGAAAAAGCGUACGAAAUGGAGCAAGCUGCGCAGCUACGAAAGAUUAAAGAAGCUGCUGAUGACCAGCAAGCGCAAGAGGCUCGCGAGAGGUCUCGUGAGAUAGAGAGAGCAUACGAAAUGGAACAAGCUGCGCAACUAAGCAAAAUGAAGGAAGCCGCUGAUAACCAGAAAGCACGGGAUGCUCGCGAGAGGUGUCACGAGAUAGAAAGAGCGUACGAAAUGGAGCAAGCUGCACAGCUAAGAAAAUUGAAAGUUGACGACCAGAAAGCACAAGAGGCUCGCGAGAGGUUUCACGAACUGGAAAAAGCGUACGAAAUGGAGCAAGCUGCGCAGCUACGAAAGAUUGAAGAAGCUGCUGAAGACCAGAAAGCGCAAGAGGCUCGCGAGAGGUGCCGUGAGAUGGAGAAAGCGUACGAAAUGGAACAAGCAGCGCAGCUAAGAAAGAUGAGAGAAGGCGCUGAUGACCAGAAAGUACGAGAGGCUCGGGAGAGGUGUCACGAUACGGAGAAAACGUACGAAAUGGAGCAAGCUGCGCAGCUAAGAAAAAUUCGGGAAGAACAGAAAGAAGAGCGGCAAAGAAAACGAGAGGCCCGCGCAAGAUGUCGCGAAAUGGAGAAGGCAUACGAACUGGAACAAGCAGCACAGUUGAAGAUGCUACGGGAACAAAGGCAAGCCGCAGGUAAUCUCCAACGAGAGGAAUAUUUGGAACGCGAAAGGUACCAAAGAGCCCAGCAAAUGGAGAAUGCAUGCGAACAAGAGCAACAUAGAACGCUAGAAAUAUUGCGGAAGAAGCAUCAAGACGAGGCAACUCAGCAGCAAUACCAAAAGGAACAAGAAGCCGAGCGCCACAAAUAUCAAAGAGCGCAGCAGACGGAGAAGGCGUACGAAAAGGAACAGAAAACCCAUUUGUGGGGAACGACGCAGCAGAAACAGCCGGCGCAGCCACUUAGUCAAAAGGAAGAAGAGGAACGCCAGAGGUACCAAAGAGCGCAGCAGAUGGAGAAGGCGUACGAAAAGGAACAGAAAACCCAUUUGUGGGGAACGACGCAGCAGAAACAGCCGGCGCAGCCACUUAGUCAAAAGGAAGAAGAGGAACGCCAGAGGUACCAAAGAGCGCAGCAGAUGGAGAAGGCGUACGAAAAGGAACAGAAAACCCAUUUGUGGGGAACGACGCAGCAGAAACAGCCGGCGCAGCCACUUAGUCAAAAGGAAGAAGAGGAACGCCAGAGGUACCAAAGAGCGCAGCAGAUGGAGAAGGCGUACGAAAAGGAACAGAAAGCCCAUUUGUGGGGAACGACACAGCAGAAAGAACCGGCACAGCUACUUAGUCAAAAAGAAGAAGAGGAGGAACGCCAGAGGUAUCAAAGAGCGCAGCAGAUGGAGAAGGCGUACGAAAAGGAACAGAAAGCCCAUUUGCGGGGAAUGACGCAGCAGCCAGCGCAACCAGCACAACCACAAGAGGUGGAGCUCCGCAGGCACCAAAGAGGGGAACAAUUAAAUAAGGGGGAAGAGCAGAAGGCUCAGAUGGGUCCAGUAGCACAGAAAACUAGGGCAACACAACAGCCGUACCAACAAGAACAACAAGCAGAACACCUACGCUACCAGACCGCUGUACAGCUUCAGAAAGAAGAAAGAGCUAGAUCUGAUCAAAUUUCACAGGACUCAUUCGGACAUCAGAAAGACCAACAAAGGCAGGACUGUCACAAGGGCUUGGAAACAAUGCAGCAACACGCGGCAAGAAAGGAGGUGGUACAACAAUUGCAACAAUUAGAGAAAAUGUAUGAAGCAAGGCAUGAGCAGUCAGCGAGGAUGCCUGAAUUAGUUUUGAAAGGUCAACAGAAAGUAGAGGCGCUCGAGGUUGAGCGCAAACCAACAAUGACAUUGUUUACCCCUCCCGGAUUCGGACCUGUCGGUUCGCAUCUCAGGAUAAAAACAAAGAUGAAUAUAGACAUAGCGCCGCUGAGCCCGGAAAACGUGGAAUCUAUUGAAGAAACAGUUAUUCUUGAAGACUACCUCGGUGGAAACGAGGAUGGCACAUUCGGCCAAGAGAGCUUCCAAGGACAUCAGAGGGGACUCACGACAGCUCCACCCGUCGUCACCAUCGUAGAAAAGCCUACCAUUCAUGCAGUUACGGAAGAAUCUGCGGUAUCCAACGUCACAGUGAUCAUCAAUCCAGCACCGUCAAACAUUACUCAAGUCAUCGAGCAACCUUCAAUAGAACAGCCGAAAAGCGAAGUCUUGAAUCUCCUUGCGACUGCGCUCGGUAUCGAUGCUAACGACUCCCAUCAGGACGACAUCACGGGACAGGAGGCGUCGUCGACGAACACUCUGUCAUUUGGCGAAGUGGACACCAUGUACGAGGACACGUCCAGCAUGCCCGCGCCAUCUAAGUACACCGAAUCACCAGGGCCCCAAACAGUAGUUGAAAUAGUCCAGGACUGUUUCCAAGUCAUGGAUGAUGUAAUUAAAACCGAAGUAUCCUCGACACAGCCUAGGUACAGCGAGGUACAAGGAGCUGAAACUGUAGUGAGAAUGGUCCACGACUGUUUUCAAGUAAUGGACGAUGUAGUUCAAAGCGAGCCGUGCACGUCCCCUAUGAUAAAUGUAAUGCGUAAGAGAUCGACCUCAUCUACAGCAGAGACAAACUCGAGAUCGUCUGCAAAUUCUGCCCGUCACAGAUUGGUAGGCGAGAAUAAAAAGUCUCGAAGCGGCAGGAGGCCCUUGGGCUCUCGAAAGGCCACAUCCGCCGGUUCUGUGCGUUCAGGCAAGUGUCGAAUGUCAAAUUUCGAUUCCUCAGAAGCAUGGGUAAAGAGUGGCUCGCAACUGUCCGAAGACUCUGACUCACGGCGCCUUCCUUCAUUUCCAGGCCUCAACGCAAGAGUUGAGGUAGCUGUCAACAGGCCUGAUGUGGUUGGCUUAGUCAACAGGCCGGACAUGGUUCGCCUGCGUUCUACCUGUCUCUUACUAGAGUCAGUAACGGGACUUGUUCAAGACACUGUGAACAAAGAUUUCGCCAGUGCGAAAGCAAACAUUCUAAGUGCAGGCGACCCGCUCAGGACAACUGUUGCUGCGUAUGUUGUGGAAGAUGACGACGCAAAGAAAAAGAAAAGGCGUAAAAAAAAGAAGAAACGCUCCAAAAAGAAAAAAAGAAAGAAGAAAAGGAAGUCUAAGAAGAAAAAGAAAAAGAAAAAGUCAAAAAAGAAGAAGAAGAAGAAGAAGAAGAAAAGGAAGAAAAAAUCGAAGAAAAAGAAGAAGUCGAAGAAGUCCAAAAAGAAGAAGACGAGAAAGAAGAAAAAGAGUGACGAGAGCAGUCCUACAUCAUCACCAUCGUCAUCUAGUCCAUCGUCCUCAAUCGAAAAAGUGGGCGACGGAAAGACUCCGUCUCCUACAACCUCCAAAGCUACAACAGGCAUUACAAAACCCAUGCCUACAGUUAGUGUGUCUUCAAGAAGUUACAAAACUACACAGACAGACGACCUGUUGAGAGGUUCAAGACAACGCAUACAGCGAGAGGCUUACCUUCCACCCGCAGGCGAAGGGCGGCGACGCCGUAGACACCGAAGCAGGACAUACUCCGACACAUCGGACAGCAGCGUCGUCUCGCAGAAGUACCGUAUUGUCACCCACGUGGUUCUCGGCGAUGGCAGCUCGGCAGCCCGCCUAAGCGGCAGCGGUUCGGACAGGGUCUACCAGCUGCCGAAGCCACGGAGCAAGUCGAAGUCCAGGCAGCGGAUGCACCAUUCGCCAUCUCCCUCACCGCUCGACACACGUGUCAGGGUUCAGCGCACGUCUUCCCAGUGUUCCAACUGCGGCGGUACCGCCACUCCACCCAUGCUGGUCCAGCGGCCCAUCAUCAUCGAGGCGCCGACCAUUCCAUCGCCGCCGUCUCCUAAGCGAGACGAGAGACUGGAUGACGAUGAUCGGUACGACCGACGACAGCGACGGAGACGCCAUCACCGCUCCUCGGGCUCCCGCUCGUCGCGACGCCGGAGAAGCUCGUCGGAUAGCACAUCGAGCGAGUCGCGCCGUCGCCGCCGCCACCGCCGCCGACGUCGCCGAUCGCACGAAAGGCGACCACGACGCUACUACGUCGAUGACCCCGAGAUCCCAGGUCGGCCCGGUCGCCCCAUGUACGCAAGCCCUCCAUCCUACUACUAUGGUGACCACAUGGGUUUACCGGCUCCCUACAUGCGGCGUCGGGCGCGGUCCUUCGAGCGUGUCCCGCCGCGUUUCCCACGCUACGUGGCAGGCUACGGGCCGCCGGUUAUGCCCGACAUGCCGCCCGUGCCAUUCGAGUCGAGUGGUGAAGCAAUUUCGCCUGUGUCCAUGAUGAUCACGACCAACAUGAUGCAGCCGUCACCAGUGGCGACACCAUCACCGCUUCCUUCGCGACCGCUUCCCCUGCCAGCGUUACCUCCACCGCUAAUACCUCAAGCGAUGCCCAGUCCGGCAAUGUUAUCAGCACCGAUGCGGCAGCCUUCGUUCACAUUUCCUCAGGGCGUACCGCCAUCAGAACCUCCCCUGCCUACCAAGCAGCGCUCACUCACGGUAGAGGUCCAGACGCCACCCGCUAGUCCUCCAGUGCCUACCUCGUAUACGGCUUCAGCACCCUUGCUCACCUACCAGAACAACCGGUAUGGCACCAACUCAAGCAGCAGCGACAGCUGGAAGCAGGGAUACGCAGUUAGCCAGCAGCCGACAAGCUUUUCUUCGACCAUUACGACGUCUUCGUUUAGCGGAGCAGCCCCGCAGGCGUAUGGCGGCAAGGCUGCUGAGAACCCUUGGAUGGCACCGUACAAUUACAUGCGGCGCAACUUCGACCAAGGCAACCUUGUGCUCAGCAUAAUUUUCAUUUUGGGUAUAGCAGCCUGUGUGAUAGCACUUAUUGGGCAGUAUGGCCGCUACCGGGAAAGUCGGGACACGAUAGAGGAAGAGGAGGAAGGCGCCGUGAUGCAUGGCCCGUGGCUCUUCAACCUGUCAGGCGUCGCCUCGACGUUGCUCGUGCGCGGAUACAAGUUUUGCCACGCGCCGGAUUGCAAACGUGAAGCCGACAGGUUGGCUAGUGUGCUCGCCUCCGGUCCUUGUGAUAGCUUCUACGAUUACGUUUGCUCGCGCCGCUGGGCGUCGAAGCGUAGGCCGGCGGAUGCUAUGACCGCGGACGACGGUGUCGUGCAGGAUAUCCAGGACAGCGUAUGGAGAAACAUCAAGAGUGACAGCAAGCAGUCGCUCGCAGCAGUCAUGUGGAGGAGCUGCCUGGACAUCAGCAGUUUGGGCGCCGCUCCUUUCCUUGAGUUCUUCAAUGCAUCAGGGCUAGCGGGCUGGCCCUUCCACGAGGCGCCGUUGGACGUGGACACGUUGCGCGUUGCUGGUCGUUUGGUCCGCCUGCUCCGCUUGGCCACGCUGCUAAGUUUGCGCGUCGAGCGCGGCUUCGGGCCGAAUGUCACCAUUGUGCUUGGCCACGCAGCCCCACCCCUGGACCUCCGCGACUUCCGAAGCAACGCUAGUAUGACUACUUUCGUGAAUAGAGUAGAAACGACAAUGAAGUUCCUCACGUCAGACGUCAAUGACACUACGACGAGAGCAGUUGAAGUGUUAAACUUUUGCCUACGGCUGGUCAACCUCAACGCUGCCACAAACAACAGCGCGUCCAAGUUUGGCGCGAACUUUUCAAGUUUUCUUGACGUUGCAGUGGGUGACCUCAUCGAUUUGACAAGAACGAACGUUCAUAUCAACCUAGAAUCGCCCAAAUACGUAAACGAACUGAGCCAGCUGUUGAGCGCUGUAUCGCCACGCGCAGUGCUCAACUAUUUGGGCUUUUACACAGUGGACCAUAUGUGGUCUUUCUCACCCGAGGGCGCGAGAGAAGAAGUCAAAUCCGGCCACCGCGAGCGAAGGUGUCUACAGAUGACAGAGAGGGCUGUUCCGUCUCAAGUUCUCGAAAUUGGCUUUCAGGUAUACAAAAACCGCCUCAAUUGGACGGACCUGCGCAGACGUACGAACGAGACGAAGAAGCACAUAAUAGACGGCGUCCGGUCCUUGUCCUGGAUGGACCACGCUAUGAAGGUCAAGGUCAUCGAGAGAAUCGAUGCAACAAGCGUCGAGUUGUUCUUCCCGCCGCACAUGCCGAAGACAAGCCCGAUGGCCGCACCCCCGCCACAGCGGAGUGCAUUCGAACUGUACCAGCGUGCUGUCGAAGAGAGCUUUGCCGCGUCUGUCCACAGCGGCACGACGGCUGGUGAGAGCCUGUUCUCGCGCCACUCUGAGCUUGGUCCCCAUGGUGUGCUGCGUGUUCCUCUUGCGGCGGCGGCGAUGGCAAGCACUGGCCCGUCACCGUCACCGUACGUGGCCCUGCUGCGUUCCACGCGGCUCAACGUGCGUUUAGCUAAGGCGCUGCUGCAGGUAGCGCUGGCCGACGAUAUCUGGACGGCGGCAGCCCGCGGUCGGUACCGGGCGUUGCAGUCGUGUUUCCUGUCCCGGUUCCCAGCGGUACGCGACCCGCUUGAAGAGGGCCGGCUUGUCCCCAAGCCGGCCGCCGUGGCGCGCGACGACGUGCUCGAACACGUGGCCGUCGCGCUGGCGCACGUAGAGUUCCGGCGCGGCGUACAGCUUCUGCGCCACAACAUGACCGACUACCGGCUGGUCGAUGCCCAGGCAUGGUCCUCCGAGCAGCUGUUCUUCGUCUCGUACGCCGAGUCGGAAUGCCAGGCGUACGACGACGAGCUGGCCUUCCGACGCUUCCUGGCGCGCAACGAGAGUCCUGCAAGGCAGCGCGUCGACAUGGCGCUGGCACACGAUCCCACAUUCCACAGGGCGUUCCACUGCCAUCGCGGGUUCCCCAUGCGGCCACGCCACAGCUGCAGUUUCUGGUGAUGCAGCACCUUUGUGUGGUGCACAUGAAUAAAUGAUAUUCUGCCGCCG